UGGAGUGCACUGAUAAAAGUACUUGCGGUGAGAUUCGCGGGCAGCGCGAAAUAAAAAUGAACAAUGGUUAAAAUGACGUCGUCGUCGUGAUCAGAGGAUUGCUAAGGAGUGGUCAGAUUCUGGGAAGAUUACUAUAAUUCGUUCGUUCGGCUUGGAGAACAGAUUACGCCCGUAAUUCUUGCCAAUGAGUAACGUGAUUCUAGUAACCGAGUGUACCCGCGGUGCCUUGUCAAAUAAAGAGUUAUAUAAAGAGUUAUAUAAAGAGUUCAAGACCAGUGAUAGAUAAAAAGAAAGAAGCAUCGUUAAGAGGAGUACGGAAAAAUGCUGCGUCGCCAGCGGAGGUUCCUCUUUGCUGUCGUUCUUCUCUCAUACCUGUGCAGAGACUCAACAACUCUGAAAUUAAAUAUAUCAUCAACAACUGACCAGAUUAUUAUAAAAGAAGGCGAGCCUUUACAGUUGCAUUGCUAUGGCGAUUCGGAUUUUUUCUUCACGUAUCCCACCAACCGGACACAUCUUUCUGAUACAAUCGAACACUAUACAUCACCUAUCGACGUAAAGAAAACCCAGGUUGAAAAUGGUACGCAUUGGUAUCAUUUUCGUCGACCGAAAACAGUCUUUGGGGACACUGGUUGGUAUGGUUGCUCAUAUUAUUCCAUCACUGCGGUCACCAGAGGUACUUAUUCCGACGCAAGAAGCAGCUUAGUUUAUGUCUAUGUCGAGUCUGAAACAGUUCGGUUCGUGGAACAAGCAAGAUUGCAUAUUUUAAUAGCGACUCAAGGAGAAAACGUUGAUCUACCGUGUAGACCGACGUCGCCGACAGCGAUAGUCAACCUUAUAAAGUACCACCGAGUAGGUAUUUACAAGUUUGGUAACAUUCCAAUCUACCCAACUACUUUCGAUCCAAAAUUUGGAUUCACGCUGCCCAAUUUCGACGACGUUAAAGUCGGGGAGUACAUGUGCUAUAUCGAUCCUAAUCAAGAGGUUUCUUAUGUCGUAUAUCUGCGGGGCACGUAUACACUGCCCAAACCAAUUAUCAAUAAUACAAUGCCUCAUGUGAUAAAGGGCGAAUCACUGUAUCUAAAGUGUACCAUAAACGUUCCGAUUGGUCUCGAGCACUACGAUAUAUUUUGGAUUCUACCGCAACAGAGCCAUCGCAUCAUUACCUGGACCGAGAAUCAGAUUAAUGAAAAUUACGAGCGUGAGAAGGCGGCCUUAUUGACGUUUGAAAACGUGACCUACGAGGACGAAGAUAUCUACGAAUGCAGAGUGACAGACUACGAUACUGAAGAGAAAUCGAAGAUGUAUGUCCAGGUGCAUGAGUCGCUCGAUCCAUUCAUCAAGUUAACGACUUGGGAUUCUAACAGACACUAUGAACGCAAUGAGGGUGAUGAAGUGGAGUGGGUUGUCGUCGUAGAUGCAUAUCCCGCGCCUGAAAUAAAAUGGUUCAAUACAAAUAGCGACGAAAUUACAGCGACAUUAGAAAUAACGACGAAUUCGUCGACAUCUGAGGAACCGAAAUUUUCAAUUGUCAAUACAUGUUGCAAGCCGAGAUUGAGAAUCAACGGAUUGAAUUUAAAUGACAUGGGAACAUAUUCGAUCCAGGCCAGCAAUCAGUAUAAAAAGGAAACACUGUACUUUAUGUUGGAAGUAUUAGCCAACCCAAAAGUGUACAUGGACAUACCAAGCUCGCACUACUUCGAAAAUCAGGUGGCAAAAGUAGAAUGCUAUGUGGAAGCGUUCCCGAAGCCGAAUAUAACCUGGAGUUAUCGCAAGUGUCCCAAUUAUCCGGCUUGCGACGAUGGUACCCUCGAGUACUUAACGAACGCCAGGGAAUACGGAACCGAGAUUCAGCUGAUCUCUACACUAUGGAUGAGGAUUGAAAAGUCUGGCGCGCUUACUUGCACGGCGUGCAACAUUGUUUACUGCGAUACCGUCAUCAGAACGAUGACUGUUUCAGAUGAAGGCGGGGAUUUCGGUAUCAUUCUCACAAAGGAGCCAGUAGCAGAGGGUGACGACUGGGAGCUGAUCUGCGCUGCUUCGAUUCAUAAUUAUUCGGACAUCUUGGACUGGAGCAAAGAAACUGGUUCAAUUGUACAAUCUGACAGAAUUUCUAUCGAUCGAAAGAGGACGCAACUCACGUACAGAUCAGUUUUGAAGAUACAGAACGUGACAAUAGAGGACUCGCAGGAUUAUAUCUGUACAGGGAAGUCCACGGAUAAUUUUACUCGGUCUGCUGGAUAUCAUUUAGAAGUGAACGCUGUACGAGCACCUAUUAUUAUCGAUACCAAUUUGAAUAAAAACGAGAUAACCAUUGAUAUUACCACACCAGGUCGCAAAAGAGUAGAUUUUCACUGUUUCGCGGAUGGUAUGCCUAAACCAAGCAUCAGUUGGUUUAAGGACAGUACACAGUUGGUAAUUAGCAAUGAGAAGCUAAUUACCAACAACUCCCAAAAUCUUGAACUGGAAUAUCCAUCGGAAGUCGACAGCGGCGAGUACACGUGUCGAGCGGAGAAUCGAAUUGGAAAAGUAGAAGUUUCUCAACGACUAACGAUAAAAGGGUUCAGAAUAGUAAAUAACAGACCUGUAGGUCUGAUCGUUUUAAUCGUCAUGUUAGCAGUGACCGUUUUGAUCCUGGCGAUCUACUUCGUCCUCAAGGUUCGCCGUGAUGGAAUGAAGAGAAGGAAAUUAGUGGAAGCUGCUUUUAUGCACUUCGAGAAGGGAAAUGUCGAGAAUUUGAAUCCGGACUUGACAGUAGACGAUCAAGCAGAUCUUCUCCCUUAUGACAACAAAUGGGAAUUUCCCAAGGAAAAAUUGAAAUUGGGAAAACGCUUGGGAAGCGGCGCGUUCGGCGUAGUCGUGAAAGCGGACGCUCUUUGCAUUUGCGAAGGCGAGGCGGUUACUGCUGUAGCGGUAAAAAUGGUCCGCCGUGCUCACAAUCUCAUGUAUAUAUGUGCACUAGCCAGCGAACUCAAGAUUUUGGUACAUGUUGGCAAACACCUGAACGUUGUCAACCUUCUUGGCGCCUGCACAAAAAAUAUCUUGAAACACGAAUUGUUGGUCAUCGUUGAAUUCUGCCGAUUUGGUAAUUUGCACAAUUACUUAUUGAGGCACAGAAGCGGCUUUAUCAAUCAAAUCGAUCCAGCAACUGGAAAAUUAGAUCUUAGCAUCGGCCUCGAACUAUUAACGAGAACUGGCGGUGUCUGCAGCACUAACAGUAACCGCAGUUCUGAAUCUGAUUCGGUGCAGUGUCACCCGCCAGCUACAGAUUCCCAGGGAGUCGGUAUGUCAGCACGUGAUUCCGUUCUUAAUAGUGCUUCAUCUCAACCUGGUUGGUCCAACUGUCGGGGAGACUACAAGGACUCUAAUUUAAAACCAAUUUGCACGCAGGAUCUGUUGUCCUGGGCGUUCCAAGUAGCUCGUGGAAUGGAAUAUCUCAGCCAGAGAAGGGUAUUACACGGUGACCUGGCCGCUAGAAAUAUCCUGCUAGCCGAUGACAAUGUAGUGAAGAUAUGCGACUUCGGCCUGGCCAAGAGCAUGUACAAAGAAGAAAUUUACAAAAAGAGAAGCGACUGUCCAUUGCCCAUUAAGUGGUUGGCCAUCGAAACGAUGAAGGAUCGAAUUUUCUCCACGCAAUCGGACAUUUGGUCGUUCGGCAUAGUACUGUGGGAGUUCUUCACGUUGGCUGAGACUCCGUAUCCUGGAAUGGAGACGAAUAUAGUGUACCAGAAGCUGAUCGAGGGUUACAGAAUGGAGCAGCCUGAAUAUGCCAUCCCCGAAGUAUACGACAUAAUGUGCCAGUGUUGGAAGGAGAAGCCUUCUCUACGUCCAAGUUUCACGGAGCUAGUCGAGAGUGUAGGACAUCUUUUGGAGGACAAUGUGAAAGCGCACUACAUCGAAUUAAACGCCCCAUAUCUCGACAUGAACAGGGCUCUGCUGGAGGGCGGAAAGGAAGAUUACCUGAUGAUGGUCUCUGCUCCCGACCACGUCGUUCCUUCUUCGCAAACUCGCGUUUGCACGAAUUGCUCCGCAUCUGGGACCACGGUGAAGUCUCGCUACCUGUGCACGAGUCCCAAGGACGCUGUUGAGGCAUCGCCUAUGCUAAAGAAGGAGGAGGAUCCCUAUUUGGAACCUAUCAAUGUUAACGAGAAGUGGGCAAAGCUUGACAGAAAUAGAGGAACGGUGAGGGAUCACGUGGUGCAUCCAGAUUGGGGUUAUGCUAAUCGCAACCCACCGAACAAUUUGGAGCUAAUAGAUCUGAAUAAAAAGAGCGACGAGGUCGAGAAGACACGGAGCUCGACUCGAAUCCAACGGCUGCGAUGGGCUUUGCUUCGACGAUAGCACUCAGGAGAACAGCAUAACGAAAGACUUUCUCGAAUGAUGCAACAGUUCCUGUAAGGAGAUCGUAGGUAAUUGAGAGGCGAAUCGAACCGGGAUCUCAAGAAAUGGAAAACUUCUGCUCUCUCUG